ACCAGCAGCAGCUUUCAAACCCUGAAACAUUUCUCCCAAGUUUGGGACAAAAUGAGCAGCUACAAUGGUCUGUGUAGGGCAGAUGCAGGUUUCAUGUUUCAGCUCCUCCUCACAUUCCAGGCCUGCUGAGACUUCCCUCAAAAUUCUCCAAAAUGGAGCCUCUCACAACUUAUCCUUUAAAAUGUUCAGUGCCCAAAGCCAGGGUGUUUGUUGUUUUCCUGUCGAUGGUUUUGUGUACAGUAAUGCUCUGUCUGUUGCAGCUCAAAUUCUUAAAACCUAAAAUCAAAGAUUUUUAUUCUUUUGAAGUGAAGGAUUCCAGAGGGAGGACCGUUUCUCUGGAGAAGUACAGAGGCAAAGCGACUUUGGUUGUAAACGUGGCCAGUUACUGCCAGCACACAGACAAAAAUUACAUCGCGCUGCAGGAAUUACACAGAGAGUUUGGUCCGUCCCACUUCACUGUGCUGGCCUUCCCGUGCAAUCAGUUUGGAGAAUUGGAGCCUAGCUCAAGCCAGGAAAUAGAAUCUUUUGCCAAGGGAAACUAUGGAGCAACUUUCCCUAUUUUCCACAAAAUUAAGAUUCUGGGAUCUGAAACAGAACCUGCAUUUAAAUUUCUGAUAGAUUCUUCAAAGAAAGAGCCUAGGUGGAAUUUCUGGAAGUAUCUCAUCAACCCAGAAGGUAAACUUGUGAAAUUUUGGACACCUGAAGAGCCAAUAGAAAACAUCAGGCCAGAAGUAGCAUCCCUGAUCAGGCAGAUCAUCAUGAAAAAGAAAGAAGAUCUCUGAAAAGGCCAUUCAGUCUAUGAAUCCAUUUUACCACAUGUAUAGACAAUCUUAAUACAUUCCUGUUAAAUGAUGCUAGAAGCUAGACCAUCAAGUGUUUUAAUUUCUCUUUGGUUUUAAUGGCAGUACUGAGAAUAAUUAUAAAUUAUUUAAGCAGUAAUAUAGGGCCCAAUCCUGCAACAUGCUGAGCGCCAAUAAAGUCAAUGAGAGUUGCAAGGCACUCAGCACUUUGCAGGACCAGACCCUUAGUUUGGCAUAAAGUUGCUAAUGUUCCCUGUAAGUUCACACUGCUGCCAAUGGUUAAUAAUGUCACCAACAUGAAAAUGCUUAAAAAAGAAGACAGAGGAUUUAUAUGAAUAUGAAGUUGACUAAUUUAUCAAGCUAAGAGCUUUGUUUCCUAGCUACUUGUAACAAGUGUUAGGGGUUUUUUUAAUAUUUGAUUGCCAAACAUGAAACUUCUGUGACUGAAUUACUUUAGGGCCAUUGUAUCAAUCCAGAAGCAUCACACCACAGUAGUUAAAACUGAAUGCCACUGAAAAUACCAGCUUUGCUACAUUAACAGAGGAAGGUUGAUGAAUUGUGAAAAUUACAAACUAAGUUUAAAAAAAAUUGUAAAUAGAUAGUUCUAUGAAGAUUGUUUAUUAAAAAAGAGAAGAAUUACAAAAUGG